UUGAUGUUGGAAGCUGUCGGCCGAAGAAUGGAGAGGAGGCGCUUCUCUUGUUUUAGUUGAAGGCUAGAAGCACAACGCAGCAGCAGAGCUGAAGAGUCAAACAAUAAUUUUGCAGUAGGGACGGAACGCUGGACACUUGCGAAGCGAAUGGGGUGGACACGCACAGGCAUGGCGUUUCAUCGUUACUCACUCAGCUUUCUCUCUCCUCGUCUCUCUGCACAUCCUCUACCACGCUCCCUCUCUGCUACUAUAUCUUCUCAUCAGAUGAGUACGGACGCACAGAGUGUUGCUGCCCGUCUAAACAGUGCAGGGUUUAUCCGGAGUCAAGGUUUUAUAGGAGGGAAAUGGACUGAUGCAUAUGAUGGGAAGACUAUUGAGGUCACUAAUCCUGCUACAGGUGAGGUUAUAACAAACGUGUCAUGCAUGGGUGGAAGGGAGACAAAUGAUGCGAUUGCUUCAGCACAAGAUGCAUUUGUUUCUUGGAGCAAGCAAACUGCUGCUGAAAGGAGCAAGUGUUUACGAAAAUGGUAUGAUUUGAUAAUGGCCCACAAAGAAGAGCUUGGACAACUUAUGACCCUAGAGCAAGGAAAACCUCUAAAAGAGGCUAUUGGUGAGGUUAGCUAUGGAGCAAGUUUUGUAGAGUUCUAUGCUGAAGAAGCUAAACGAAUUUAUGGUGAUAUCAUUCCUGCAACAUUACCAGAUCGUCGUUUGUUUGUUUUGAAGCAGCCAGUUGGCGUUGUUGGGGCAAUUACUCCCUGGAACUUUCCUCUGGCCAUGAUUACGCGCAAGGUCGCCCCUGCCCUUGCUUGUGGAUGCACUGUUGUCAUAAAACCCUCUGAACUGACGCCAUUGACUGCAUUAGCAGCAGCUGAACUCUCCAUUCAAGCAGGAAUACCACCGGGUGCAGUCAAUGUUGUAAUGGGAAAUGCAUCUGAUAUUGGAGAAGCUUUACUUGCAAGUCCCCAGGUAAGGAAGAUCACUUUCACAGGCUCAACAGCUGUUGGAAAAAAGUUGAUGGCAGGCGCUGCAAGCACUGUAAAAAAGGUGUCCCUUGAGCUGGGUGGCAAUGCACCCUGCAUAAUUUUCGAUGAUGCAGAUCUUGACGUAGCUUUGAAAGGAACUCUGGCAACUAAAUUCCGCAACAGUGGACAAACAUGUGUUUGUGCAAAUAGAAUACUUGUGCAAGAAGGCAUAUAUGACAAGUUUGCAAAUGCUUUUUCAAAUGCCGUUAGCAGUAUGAAGGUGGGGGAUGGCUUUGGCGAAGGUGUGGUACAGGGGCCUCUAAUUAAUGAUGCUGCAGUGCACAAGGUUGAAUCAUUCUUGCAAGAUGCCAUCUCAAAGGGAGCUAAAGUCCUCAUCGGCGGCAAGAGACAUAGCCUUGGAAUGACUUUCUUUGAGCCUACGGUGAUAACUGAUGUCAAAAGUGAGAUGCUUUUAUCAAGAGAGGAGGUAUUUGGGCCAAUUGCACCUCUUCUGAAAUUUAAGACUGAGGAAGAAGCUAUCCGCAUGGCCAAUGACACCAAUGCAGGUCUGGCUGCAUACAUCUUUACAUCAAGCAUUAAGCGUUCGUGGCGUGUCUCUGAAGCUCUUGAAUAUGGAUUGGUUGGAGUUAAUGAAGGACUAAUUUCAACAGAGGUGGCUCCAUUUGGAGGCGUGAAGCAAUCAGGUCUUGGUCGUGAAGGAUCAAAAUACGGGAUGGAUGAGUAUCUGGAAAUUAAGUAUAUAUGCUUGGGAAAUAUGAGCUGAGCUAGAUUUAAGGUUUGUACAUCCUGCCCCUGCACCUCAGGUCAGCAACUUUGCUUCUUAGAAUUUGUGAUGCAGCUAUGUAAAGAAAAGUUCAAUAAAGCAGGUUGGUUUGCUGCUACAUUUUCAAGCCCGGAGCAUAAUGCACAUGGAUUUGAGAUAGAUGAGUGUUCAAAAGAUCCAUGCUCCAUUAGUAUCUAAAUAAGUGCCUGUUUGUACUAUUCCCAGCAGACAAAUGCUUUACAUUGCUGCAUCCUUGUUUUGUUGUAUGAAUUUUUGAAAAA